AUGGUUUCCCAAAUCUUGUUGAUUCUGUUCGCAGUUUCAGUUUCCGUCGUAUGUGCGGGUAGAACAUUGGGGCCAUCUCCCGACAGUACGCUACUGAAGAUUUAUAUCGUCCAUGUUGAUAUGGGAUCGUAUCAUGGUGAGUGUAAUCAAUACCAACAACUUCUCAAAAAGUUGAUUCACGGAAGGUCACCAAAACAUGCUCUUGUAUAUUGCUACAAGGAAGUCAUUAGCGGGUUUGCUGCAGAACUCACCCAUGAAGAGGCUGAGAAAUUAAAAGGUGAGAAAGGGGUUUAUGGUGUAGACGAAGAAAUUGUAUACUACAUGGACGACGAAUCCCGUAGCCAUAAGUUGUUGCCAAUGAAUAUUAAUAACUAG